GCCGGUGGCAGUGGACACAACCAAACCAACGCAGCGGUAAGACAGUGAGAGCAGCUGGGAAUCAAAUGGCUGCUGCGUUAUCUUCAGCCUCUUCUCUCCGCCUCAGACCCUUCUCCACCGUCCGAUUCCUCGCCGUCUACCGCCAAACAAACCUCCCAACAAAACCCCAAACCCUAAAGAACAAUUCUCAUCUCCCGCCAAAGUUUCACCCUCUCUCUACUCCCUCACCAUUUCCCGACCGGAGACCUUUUUGCACUUCAAUCUCAUGCGUUCUCUCCCCCGGCGAGGCCGUAGAGAAGCCCAAGAGAGAGUUUUUCGAAACCCAGGGCAUCGAAAAAGUUGGAGAGUUUCGAAAGAGGUUGAGGAUUGUCGACAUCAAGGGAGGACCUGACGAGGGUUUGGACCGAUUAGGGCAGACUUUGUUGGUAAAAGGUUGGGUUCGGACGCUUCGGGUGCAGAGCAGUAUUACAUUCAUCGAGGUCAAUGAUGGAUCUUGUCUUUCAAACAUGCAAUGUGUGAUGAACUCCGAUGCUGAAGGUUAUGAUCAGGUGGAAAGUGGCUUGAUUACAACUGGUGCAUCAGUAUGGGUCCAAGGGCUUAUCGUAAAAAGCCAAGGAUCAAAGCAGAAAGUAGAAUUGAAGGUUGAUAAACUUGUAGUGGUUGGCAAGAGUGAUCCUUCCUUUCCCAUCCAAAAGAAAAGAGUCAGCAGAGAAUUUUUGAGAACGAAGGCUCAUCUUCGUCCUAGAACAAAUACUUUCAGUGCGGUUGCAAGGGUGAGGAAUGCUUUGGCGUAUGCUACUCACAAAUUUUUCCAAGAAAAUGGCUUUGUCUGGAUCUCAAGUCCAAUCAUUACUGCUUCGGAUUGUGAAGGAGCUGGUGAACAGUUUUGCGUAACCACUUUGAUUCCAAGUUCUGGAGAAGCUACAGAUUCUACAGUGGAUGCCAUUCCUAAAACAGAAAAUGGCGUCAUUGAUUGGUCACAGGAUUUUUUUGGGAAACCAGCGUUCUUAACCGUUUCUGGCCAACUUAAUGCUGAAACAUAUGCUACUGCUCUUUCUGAUGUGUAUACCUUUGGUCCAACUUUUCGAGCAGAAAAUUCUCACACUUCUAGACACUUGGCUGAAUUUUGGAUGAUUGAACCAGAACUUGCAUUUGCUGACCUGAAUGAUGACAUGGCCUGUGCAACUGCCUAUCUCCAGUAUGUAGUAAAAUAUAUCCUUGAAAACUGCAAGGAAGAUAUGGCUUUCUUCGACACUUGGAUAGAGAAAGGAAUUAUCAACCGACUGAGUGAUGUGGCUGAGAAAAACUUUGUGCAGUUGACUUACACGGAUGCAGUCGAACUUCUUCUCAGAGCAAAUAAGAAGUUUGAAUUCCCAGUGAAAUGGGGAUGUGACUUGCAAAGUGAGCACGAACGUUACAUCACUGAACAGGCCUUUGGUGGAUGCCCUGUAAUAAUAAGAGACUAUCCAAAGGAGAUCAAAGCAUUUUAUAUGCGGCAAAAUGAUGAUGGAAAGACUGUUGCAGCCAUGGAUAUGUUGGUUCCUCGGGUUGGUGAACUUAUUGGUGGAAGCCAAAGAGAAGAACGUCUUGACUAUUUGGAAGAUCGCUUGGAUGAUUUAAAGCUCGACAAGAAAAGCUUUUGGUGGUAUAUUGACCUGCGGCGCUAUGGUUCAGUGCCUCAUGCGGGCUUUGGACUAGGUUUUGAAAGGCUUGUGCAAUUUGCGACUGGAAUAGAGAAUAUCAGAGAUGUAAUACCUUUCCCUCGGAGCCCUGGAUCAGCUGAAUUUUGAUGCUUGACCUCAGUUGUGCACUAAAUUUCCGUUCCAACUUUUUUUACUUAUUCAUUUUUUCUCAUUGGAUUUGUCCUCGCAAUAUGGUUUUCUUUUUAUCCUAGCUUUUGUUUCAGGCGAGUGAAAGUUGUUUAAGGCUCAAGGUGGCUAGCUUCCCUUAAAUUGGAACCACAACAUUUUAUGUAGAGUUCAUAAUUAAAUUAAAAUAUUGUAUAUUAUGUAAUGGUAGUAAUUUACUUUUUGUUUCGUGUACA